CAAGAAUGAGACAAUUGUCAAAUUCUCCGUUUACACAAUAACAACAUGCAAAUGUGAGGCGGAAAUUUUACAAAGUGCAAAAAAGUGUAAUUUACUAUAACUAAACCGUGUUUGCUGAUAAUUUUUAGUUAAAUAUCCUUGAGUCCAAUAUGAAUGUUAUUCAAAGGCAGUUUGCCUCGAGCAAAUAUCCAUUACUAAAUAUCGCUCGUCGGUUAGAUUUCCUCACAUCCUGCGCCGCAUCGUUUUCUACCAAAACCGAACCGAAUACGUCCGCACCGGUGUCAACUCCACCACAGUCACAACAGCCUCGCGUAACGAAUGUUCCCACCACAGAGCGAAAAAGCAUCAUCCCUCAGGAGUAUCGUUUCAUCUACCAGGAAUUCCUACCGGAUCCGAAAGUUGAAUGGCGUAAUCCGAUCCGAGAGAAGCUCGAACGAAUGGAUAUGUUGGACCGACGUUCGAACAUCGAUAUCCCCGAGUUUUACGUGGGAUCAGUACUAGCGGUCACGAGUUCUGAUGUGCACGCGGUCGGUAAGACCUCUCGCUUCGUUGGCAUCUGUAUCCAGCGGGAGCGGUGCGGUCUGAGGGCAAGGUUUAUACUGAGAAACAUCGUGGAUCACCAGGGUAUGGAAGUUAUGUACGAUCUGUACGACCCCACGCUGUUGAAGUUCGAAGUGCUGCGUUUGGAAAGGCGCUUGGACGAACAUUUGCUGUACCUGAGGGACGCUCUGGACGAGUACAGUACAUUCGACAUAAACAUGGAACCGGAAGUGCUCCCGGAGGGCUCGCCAGUACCAGUGAACGAUGUUAAAGUGGUGCUCAAACCGAAACCGUGGUACGCUCGCUGGGAGCGGGAGAAUCUGCAAGGUGUUGCAAAUGUCGACCAGUACACGACAGAGAAAAACCGCCGGAAGGCAGAGAAGCGGGCAACGCCCUGGGAGAAGUACGAUUUGAUGAAGGAAUAUCGUCGAACGAUUCCGGACGAAGAGCAGAAAGAGAUUUUCGCCGAGGUGUACUCACAGCUGCAUCAGCUCGAACUUUCACACAAGAAGAUGAAGAGGAAGCGUACCUUCGUCAAACCGACCAAACUGGCCUAAGCAUGCCGGCUUAGAGCACAUUUGUGCAGUUAUGAUUGCGCGUUGAAAUAAUAAAAAAUAUGUUGAAACUAGCUGACCCGUCGAACUUCGUACCGCCCCGAAUUGAUUUUUUGAUAUGAAUUCUUUCGAACAUUCAUGUUUUCCUACUAAGCGAACAUUUGUGGGUUCAAUUGCAGAACUCGCCAACUUCACUUUAUUUUAAUUUUCCUAUAACUUCCAUCAAACUCAUUGUAAUAUAAUUUUUAUUUUCAGACGAAA